UUAACUGAUUUUUUUCCAGUUCUGUUUAAUUUUUUUAUAUAACGCUUUGUGGUAGAUUUGGGAGGUGCAAUGGGCUGCCAGGGGAAGUUCCAUUGCACUACUUUGCUUUCACAACAUUACAUUUAACCCUAAAUUAGUAUGCAGUUCAUCUUAUUUGAUUUUUUUAAUGCCUUAAUAGGGUAACAUUAUAUCAAUUUUCAUUCCAGUUCAGAGUUUAUCCUCUGGCUAUGUCAUUCAACCCAUUAAGUAUGAUGGAUCUAUCUGGCAUUACAUGGUAAAGUAGUCUUGUGAUUGCUUCAUCAUUUGCAAAGGUCCCAGCCCAAGUCCAUAUGCAGGAUGCCACUAUUUGGCCUAAGACAGUGUUGCAGUGGAAGCAUAAUUAUGGACUGAAGUGAUGUAUAGAUUGCAUGUACAGUGAAGCAAUUAUCUGACCGCUUUGCAAUAUCCUAACAGAGUUUUUCCUGCAAAGUAUCAAAAUCAGAAGGCUAAAGACCUUACAGAGAUACUAUUCUGCUUGCCUGGACAGUAUUCCAAACAGAAGUAACAAAUGCAAAGCCAAGAGAGCCUAAUUAUUUUUCAUUGACAUAAUUAUUUUUAAGUGUAUAAUUGGAAUGCAGUUAGAUAUAGAAGAAAUUUAAUAUAGUUCUUCCCAACAUUUUCCAUAAGUGAGGAAUCUAGCAAAUCUAUAGUCCAAAUUUAAACAUACACAUAAAACUCUCACUACAAAAUUGGAAUGUGGAUGACAGCUGAAGCUGAAAGGGCUGCUGCCAAAUUAGAAAGAUGUAUAAAGAAAGAUUCCAUUAUUCAAUUAAGUUGAAUAAAUUAAGUACUCAGUUGUAAAUGCUUUAAGGUAUUGAAGGCAAUCUGAAAAACAAAAAGUAUAUCAACAAUAAUGUCUAUGGUUAAAUACUCUGAUCCAAUGCAAGCAAUCUACAUGUGGAAACGGGUUUCCCUGUGUCUGCUUGUAGUGCCUCCAGGUACUGGAAUAAAACAGAAUUUACCAAAUGGUGCAGCAACAAAUAUGAAGACAUAAGCAUUACUGUAUAAUGAGUGAGCAAUGUGUGGUGCUUCAGAUGUUUUAGCCUACAAACUUCGUCAUUGAGUAUGCUGGUUAAUGCUGACAGAAGCUUAUUUAUUAUUAUUUUUGUCUUUAUAUGCUGCCCCAUAGCCUGUGGGUUUUCUGGGCAGCUCACAAAAAAUGGGAAGAACAACUAUAGUAUAGAAUCCUAGAGAAACAACAAUAACUAUGGUAAAGUAAAAACAAUAACAUCUAAAACCACAUAAAAUCACCUAAUAUAAGGCACAAAACCAGAGGUUAUAAACAAUAAAACCAGCAUCAGAAAGCAAAUAAAACCAUAGUCCUACAAGCAGGUACUAAAUAAAGUCUUUACUUGGUGGCAAAAGCAGAAUAACAAGGGUGCCAGGUUGGAACAAGGUUCACAGCAUGGUGAUUCAGAAGCCAGAGCACAAGAGGGUCCUGAAGGCCGCUUGCAUUGCUGUGGCAGAGAACAGCAGUGCCAGAAAGCCUUUUAUGGUGGUCUUCAGGACCUCCAGCUGCACUGCAUAAUUGUUCUUCCAUCGCUUCCUGUGAGAAGCUGCAAGGGUGCUCCUGGUUCUGCAGGUACUUGCAGGGUCACUCAGGCCGGAUCCUGACAAAUUUGUCCCAUGGUGAGAAUGCAAUAAUGAAAGCUUGCCUUGUGUGCAUAAUUUUUAUGUGCCAGAUAACUAGCCAUGAUACUGUACUGUACUAAUUUCUCUAUCUGGUUACCUCAUCCACUGAUACAGGCAUCGAUACACCAGGUCAGCCUCAUACUUUCCUUGUAUGAAAGUGAUUCCUUGUCAGAACAAGUUACUAAUCUAAGCAUUUAGUUGUAUGCUACUAAAUAAUGCCUUUGGCUGUACCAAGAUAAGCCAGCAAAAUUAAUCCAGUAUAUUUAGUCAUGUUAGAGUAAAUAAUUAGACUGUCAUCACCAUUUGCCUACCUGUUCAGUGGAUGCUUUGGCCUAUCGAUUGUACUAGCAUUUGCAAUCUUUAUGACAUACAUGUUCUCAAAAAUUCCAUCAGGUAGAUCCACAUAAUUCAAGAAAUUAUAAAUAGGGAAGUGAAAUGGAGCAAGAGCAUGUUAUCCAAGGCUUUUGUUGGCCAAGGCUACUAAGGGAGGCAGUAACUGAUAAAGGAUUUGCUAAACUAAAAAAUAAGCACAUCAACAAAUUUGAAAUCCCAUCAAGCUCCUAAAAUGUGUUCCCAUCCAUGUUGUAAAAUGUUCUCAUGUCCUUUUGGAUUUAUUUGCACAAUAUCUACUGUCUGUCUGUCUGUCUGUCUGUCUGUCUGUCUGUCUAUCUAUCUAUCUAUCUAUCUAUCUAUCUAUCUAUCUAUUUAGAAGGCUUCUAUGCUGCCCCAUUCACCAAAGCCUCUAAAUGUCAUCAUUUUUUCUUUCAGAAUUGCCAGUGAUGGUCAAAAACUUUCUAACCAUUUUCUUCCAAUUUCAGGCCUGUCUACGUUUCUACAGUUAGACCUCAAUCCAAACAUAUAGUUGUCAUCAUGGACCAUGGAGCUUCAGUUACAGAGACACAACUCCAAAUUGCUAAAGAUGCAGCCCAAGUUAUUCUGAACUCAAUAGAUGAACAUGAUAAGAUCUCAGUGUUAGCCGUGGCAGACACCGUAAGAACUUGCUCAUUGGAUCAAUGCUAUAAGACAUUUCUGUCUCCUGCCACCAGUGAGACAAAAAGGAAAAUGUCCACUUUCGUUAGCAAUAUAAAGUCAUCUGACAGCCCUACCCAGCAUGCAGCAGGAUUUCAAAAAGCAUUUCAGUUGAUACGAAAUACAAACAAUAGCACUAAACUCCAAGCAAAUACAGAUAUGGUUGUAAUUUAUUUGUCAGCUGGAAUAACAUCAAGAGAUUCAUCAGAAGAUGGGAAAAAGGCUACGCUUCGUGUUAUCAAUGAAGAAAAUAGUUUUCUUAACAACUCGGUGAUGAUCCUUACCUAUGCACUUAUGAACGAGGGAGUGACAGGUUUAAAAGAAUUAGCCUUUCUCCGAGAUCUGGCAGAACAAAACUCAGCCAAGUACGGAGUGCCUGACCGAACUGCCUUACCUGUGAUAAAAGGGAGCAUGAUGGUCUUAAACCAGCUGAGCAAUUUGGAAACCACCGUUGGCCGGUUUUAUACAAAUCUCCCAAACCAUAUGAUUGAUGAAGCAGUCUUCAGUUUGCCGUUUUCCGAUGAAAUGGGAGAUGGUCUGAUAAUGACUGUAAGCAAACCUUGCUAUUUUGGAAACUUACUACUAGGAAUUGUUGGGGUAGAUGUUAAUCUAGCCUAUAUUUUGGAAGAUGUCACUUACUACCAAGACUCUUUGGCUUCUUACACAUUUCUAAUAGAUAAUAAAGGAUACACUCUUAUGCAUCCCUCUCUUACCAGACCCUACUUGCUCUCUGAACCACCACUCCACACAGAUAUAAUACAUUAUGAGAAUAUUCCAAAAUUUGAACUGGUUCGACAGAACAUACUUAGCCUCCCUCUAGGAAGUCAGCUUAUUACAGUUCCAGUGAACUCCUCACUGUCUUGGCAUGUAAACAAACUGCGUGAAAUUGAGAAGGACGCCUACAAUGUGAGUUAUGCCUGGAAAAUGGUUCAAGAUACAUCCUUCAUUUUGUGUAUUGUUGUGAUACAACCAGAAAUACCUGUGAGACAUCUUAAAAAUCUUAAUACAAUACCCAGUAGCAAGUUACUUUAUCAUCGAUUGGAUCUUUUAGGUCAGCCCAGUGCUUGUCUACAUUUCAAACAACUGGCAACUUUAGAAAGCCCUACAGUAAUGCUGUCUGCAGGUAGUUUCUCUUCUCCAUAUGAACAUCUGAGCCAACAUGAGACUAAGAGGAUGGUGGAGCACUAUACAGCGUAUCUUAGUGACAACACACGCCUCAUUGCCAAUCCUGGGCUGAAGUUCUCUGUCAGGAAUGAAGUAAUGGCUACCAGUCACGUCACAGAUGAAUGGAUGACACAAAUGGAAAUGAGUAGCUUGAACAGUUAUAUUGUUCGCCGUUACAUAGCAACGCCCAAUGGGGUGCUCAGAAUUUAUCCUGGUUCCCUCAUGGACAAAGCAUUUGAUCCCACUAGGAGACAAUGGUACCUCCAUGCAGUGGCAAAUCCAGGAUUAAUUACUUUCACUGGACCCUAUUUAGAUGUUGGAGGAGCUGGCUAUGUGGUUACCAUCAGUCAUACAGUUCAUUCUUCAAGUUCACAAGUGUCUUCUGGCCAUUCUGUUGCUGUCAUGGGUAUUGAUUUUACUUUACGAUACUUCUACAAGGUACUAAUGGACCUGUUACCAGUUUGUAACCAAGAUGGAGGCAAUAAAAUAAGGUGCUUCAUAAUGGAGGACAAAGGAUAUCUUGUGGCACACCCAACUCUCAUUGAUCCCAAAGGCCAUGCUCCAGUAGAGCAGCAACAUAUUACACACAAGGAACCUUUGGUAGCAAAUGAUAUUCUGAACCAUCCAAACUUUGUGAAGAAAAACCUUUGUAACAGUUUCAGUGACAGAACAGUCCAGAGAUUUUAUAAAUUUAAUACCAGCUUAAUGGGUGAUCUGACAAAUCUUGUGCAUGGCAGCCACUGUUCUAAAUACAAGCUGACAAGAGUACCUGGAACCAAUGCCUUUGUUGGAAUAGUAAAUGAAACCUGUGACUCGCUUGCCUUCUGUGCCUGUAGCAUGGUAGAUAGGCUCUGUCUGAACUGUCACAGAAUGGAGCAGAAUGAAUGUGAAUGUCCUUGCGAGUGCCCUCUGGAGGUCAAUGAGUGCACCGGCAAUCUUACCAAUGCAGAAAGCAGGAAUCCUAGUUGUGAAGUCCAUCAGGAACCUAUGACAUUUACUGCAGUUGAUCCGAGUGUGCAAGAUGCUCUUCCUCAAUGUAUUAAUACACGCUGUAAUCAAAGGAUGGAAAGCGGGGAUUGUUUUGGGGUCUUAGACUGUGAGUGGUGCAUGGUGGAUAGUGAUGGAAAGAACCACCUAGAUAAACCCUACUGCGCUCUUCAGAAAGAAUGCUUUGGUGGUAUUGUGGGUGCCAAAAGCCCUUAUGUGGAAGAUAUGGGAGCCAUUGGUAAGGGAGAUGAAGUGAUAGCACUGAAUAUGAUAAAAAGUGCUCCAGUUGGACCUGUAGCAGGAGGUAUCAUGGGAUGCAUUAUGGUUCUAGUUCUGGCAGUCUAUGCUUAUCGUCACCAGAUCCACCGCAGAAGUCACCAACAUAUGUCUCCACUUGCAGCCCAAGAAAUGUCAGUCCGCAUGUCCAACCUGGAGAAUGAUAGGGAUGAGAGGGAUGAUGACAGUCACGAAGACAGAGGAAUCAUCAGUAACACACGGUUUAUAGCAGCAGUUAUUGAACGACAUGCUCACAGCCCUGAACGUCGACGUCGCUACUGGGGACGAUCAGGAACAGAAAGUGAUCAUGGAUACAGUACUAUGAGUCCUCAGGAAGACAGUGAAAACCCUCCCUGCAAUAAUGACCCAUUAUCGGCUGGUGUAGAUGUGGGAAAUCAUGAUGAAGAUUUAGAUCUGGACACCCCUCCUCAGACUGCUGCGCUCUUGAGUCAUAAGUUCCACCACUACAGGUUGCACCAUCCAGCAUUACACCACAGUCACCACUUACAGGCUGCAGUCACAGUACAUACAGUAGAUGCAGAAUGUUAACAACCUCUGAUGUUGAGCAAAAUGCAGCCAGUAAGCACUGAUCCAGAUAGUGAAGGCCAGACUUAACAUUUAUACUUUUACCAGGCAUUGGCUUGACUAACUUCAUGGAACUCAUUUCACAUGAAAACUUUACAUUCUAGAAUGUAUGGUUGACUCUAAAGUGGAAGAGAAAUUAGCAUGAUGAAUAAACCUGCCAUAACUUUCAAUAAAAUGGAAUAGUAGGAAUGUUCAUCCUCCAAACACAGGAAGGUUUAUACAGUAAAUGGAGCCUUUUGAAUCCUGUUAGUCUGAGCCAAGAAAAGAGUCUGCUCAGAUGAAGGAGCAGGAGAUCUUCGGUUUCCUUAACUGGAAGAACAGAAAUCUUUGCAGCCAGAGACAAGGAGGUGCUGGAUCCAGAAAUAGUUGUUGCUACACAGUUUUCAUUUGCUGAGGCUGUUUUUUUAAAGAAUAGUAUAUUACUCUUAUGAAUUGUUGUAUAGGACCUGGGACAGUGCAUCUCAAGAUUUUUAAAUAAAGGAAUAUUUUUGUACUAUUUAUUGAAUUCAAAACAUUCAUGAACUAUUAGGGAGAGGAAUGGGUGGGGAUAAAAGCAUUGGAAAGUCUCUGUGAAUAUAGCCCAUGAUUUAUAUGUGUUGGUGGUGUUGUGGUUCUUCUCAAAAGACUUGCCAUCCCUCUGAACAGAAGGAUAUUCACCCUUCCCCCAUCAUGCUAUAAAGGGAAAAUGAAGAAAUUGUGUGCUGAUUUGUUUACAUGGUUAAGGUUUGGUUUCCAUGGUUAUUUUGUACACACUGAAGAUGGUUUAUAACACAGUUUUUAAAUCAAUGUGGGGAGGAGAAAUACCAAGUCUACUGGCCAAGGCACAGAGAAAUUCUGUUCCUUUGAUCACGCUUUAGUCUAUUCAGUCCCAGGCUGAGGGCAGGAUACCAAUCUGUGCGCUGCAGUACUCAAACAACAUUCCUGUUUAGCAAACUAACAAUAAUACUGAUGAUCUGUUGCUCUGUUCUCAUUUGAUAUUGCAAUUAAAAAAACAAAAAGUUCAAAGAUAAAUUGAAUGCUUUGUAAACUUGGUUAUUUAUGAAAAGUUUAUUCUGGAACUAUGAAGAUAAGUCUCAUCUUUUUCUGGAAUUUAAUGCUAUUUUUGUGAUUCUUACAGGGAGUAAUCAUAUCUGAGUCAUACCACAUGGGCCAUCACAAUUUCAAAUUAGUUUUAAACCACAGUGUUUUGUUUAUUGUGAUUAAAAUAUUAUGGCAACAUUCUGUGUAUAUGAUAAACUUCAAUUUAUAUGUAGUUUUUUUUUUUUUAAAACCUGGAUACUGUUUAAAUGAUAGGAUGCUUGAUAGUUAUUAUGUAAAAUGGUUCUUACGCAUUAUGGUAAAGUCAGUAUGCGUGUGCUAUCAGAAUCCCUUUUAUAGUAUGUAUAAAAUUACAAUCUCUAGUAGAAUAAACUGUAUAUAAAU